ACGAGUUAAGAUAAAUUCACGCGCAUGCGCAGUUUAUAGCUUUGGGUUGUUUUCGUUUUGAAAAUCAAAAUAAAUUGUUUACUUUUGCAACUUAAUUAAGUUUUAAGUCUAAUUAAACGAUUAAAACUUAAAUUCAUGAUGGGUGAUUCUUUAAAUAGUGAUAAAGUUAUUUUCGGUCAGAUUGUCGUAGGUCCACCUGGCUCAGGGAAAACAACCUAUUGUUCAACGAUUCAUAAGUUUCUUAAUAAACUUGGCCGUAAGACUUUCAUUGUAAAUUUAGAUCCAGGUAAUGAUGUAUCACUUCCAUACAAGCCUGACAUUGAUGUUACCCAAUUGAUUUCUCUGGAGAAAUAUUCCCAGGGAUUAUCCUUUUUAGCUCUAAUCCUUUUAACCGCCAAACUUUAUGACGUUAACAAGGAAGUUACAUUUCUCUCUUACAUGUCAACUGUAUGGCUACCAAAUAGUAUUAAUAUAAAUAUAAACUCGAAUAAUAAUAAGCUCGAAGAAUCGACAAGUUCUGAUGAGAAAAUCAGAUCAUUUCAUGUGGAGAAUCUUCGACAAGAUUUCGAUAUUCUAAUUGUUGAAUUAUGGUCAUCUCGGACAACCCUUAUUCUUAGUGUAAUUUUUGUCUUGAUGCACAUCUUUAGCUGGGCUUGGAUGGCUUAUGCUGUUCGAGAGACUCGUAAUGUGAAAGAUGUUUCCUUAACUACCGUUUUAUUAUUGGCAGUUUUUGCUGCGGUUGAUAUCGCUGCGAGUUCUGGUUUUGUCAUGGUUCGUAUGAUCAUGCUUUUCAUUAGAGAUCAUCAUUUCCCUAAAGAUAUGAGGAUACCUGGUCCAGCUGAGCACGAUCAACUAACGGCUUAUGCUGCGCUUAGAAUUGCCGUUCUUCAAUCUAGUCCAGGUAAUACAGAUAUAUUUGUUUCCGUGAUAAUUGGCUUUCUAACUGGAUUAAGGGUUUACAGUGUAAUUUGUGCCGUAUCGUUUUACAAUAAAGUCCGUAAAGGUGAUUUCAAAUCAAAUCAUUUAACGACAACACCAGCAAAAGAGAGGAGUGUAAUCUAUUGCACAGACAAUCAAAGUGAAAGGUUCUCGAGCCAUUUAGAUGAGUUUUUCAAGCGAUCAGCACCUUACAUGCCAUCGGAAGAUGGACGAAGAAAAGAUCGCCACAAGGAGAGGUCGAAAGAUCGAACAGGUGACCGACGAUAUUCAACGACAAACUCUACAACAGUGACCGAUGUCGAGGUUAUCGAAAAGGAGAUGAAAAUUCAAGCAGCCGAUAUGCCGAUGCACAUGCAACGAAAAGCCCUCCAAAUAGCCUCACAAGCGGUGGCCAUUUAUACGACGGAAAAAUUGAUCGCUGAAAGUAUUAAGCAAGAUUUUGAUGCCGCUUUCGAGCCGACCUGGCAUUGUAUUGUUGGCCGUAAUUGGGGAAGUUGUGUCACUCACUCAAAACAAUGCUACAUCCGUUUACUGUACCGAGAUCUCACCUUACUAUUGUACAAGUCAACCUAAUUAUUGAUAAUUCAACAUGAUUAACUUUCAUCUUUUUGUCCAUUUAAUUGUCUUAUUAAAAGUGAAGCUUAAAAAUCAA